AUGAAUCCUACAGUGGUAAUUGCCCCUGGAGCAUGGCCAUUAGUUGAAUUCUAUCAACCCCUCAUCCAAGCCUUAGAGUCUCGCCACUACCCUGCUGUUUGCAAGAUUCCAUCCUCCUAUUCGACAGAAACCGAGACGUUGCAACCAACGAACCCCGACUGCAGACAUCUUCGUGAAGAAGUCUUAAAGCCUCUAGUGAAUGAAGGAAAAGAUGUUGUUCUUGUCAUGCACUCAUAUGGCGGUAUCUAUGGUGGCUCGGCAGUCGAAGGUUUGAGUAAGACAGAACGAGCUGCCAGUAGUAAAGCUGGUGGAAUUAUCGCCCUUAUUUUCUGCGCCGCCUUUACAGCUCCUAAAGGAAUGACGCCAAUGCAGGUCAUGGGUAUUGAUCCUGAGGAUCUACCAGAUUGGAUUCAUCAUGAUAAAGAAACCAACCUAGUCAACCUUACCAAAGCCCGAGAAAUGCUGUUCCACGAUCUCCCGGACGAUGAAGCGGAGAGACUAGCCAACGCUCUCCCAAAGCAGCCCUACGCUUCCUUCGCGACUCCAGUGCUGUACGAUCCAUACAGUGAUCCAUUUUACAAGGGCAGAUUAGGAUACAUUUUCACGGAGGCUGAUCGUAUUCUUCCAUUGGCUGCACAGGAAAUAUAUGCUAAGCAGGCUGGAGCAACAGUGACUUCUGUCUUAAAAGGCUCGAGCCACUCUCCUCAUUUGGAGAGGCCGGUUGAGUUGGCAGAUGCUACUAUUGAGAUGGUUAAGAAAAUUAUUCAAGUAUAG